AUGCUGAGGCUGCUGGUGCUGCUGGGCCUGGCGGGGGGCUCUGCCGCCCUGGGGGGGCUGCGGGUCACCGAACGCUGGGUGACGUUCCCACGGCAGCUGAGCCCCCGGGCUGACACCAGCCCCCUGGACGUCUCCUUCUGGCUGGAGGUGGCGGGGAGGCCGCGGGUGCUGCGCCUGAGGCCCAGGCAGGGCCUGCUGCCCCAGCCCUUCACCUUGGUCACCUACGGCAAGGACGGGGCUCGCUGGGAGGAGCACCCCUACGUGCAGGACAACUGCUUCUACCAGGGUGAGGUGCAGGGGAGCCCCGGCUCCCUGGUGGCCCUCAGCACCUGCGGCAGGGGCCUCCACGGCGUGCUCUGGGCAGAGGAUGGCACCUACGAGAUCGAGCCUAUCCCUGACGAUCCGGCCUACCGGCACAUCCUCUACCGCAUGGAAGCGGCCAACAACCCCAUGGACCCCACCUGCGCCCUGACCCCUGAGGAGCUGCGGCACCAGAAGGCUUUGCUGCCUUGGUUCAAGGUCCACCGGGCAGAGGAGGAGGAGGAGGAGAUGCUGAAGGACUGGUGGACACACGUCAGGUAUGUGAAGAUUGUAGUGGUUGUGGACAACAUGUGGUUUGUCAAGUUGGGCAGGAACGAAUCUGAAGUCUUGAGGCAAGUCAUAGAAAUCAUCAACGCUGGGGAUGCUCUGUACAAACAGCUUUCCAUUCGUCUGUUUCUUCUGGGAUUGGAAAUCUGGACCAAAAGGAAUCUUAUAAACAUUACUAACUCUGCCAACAAGGCGCUCAGCGACUUCAACAAAUGGCGGAAGUCAGACCUGUCUCCGCGGAUGCGCCACGAUACCGCCCACCUAUUUGUAUUUCAGAGCUUUGGCAGCAGCCUGGGAUUGGCAUUUGUAGGGUCCAUGUGUGAUAACCGGUGGUCAUCAGCUGUCUCUUCCUUCACUGAGAGGGGGAAGUUGUCCUCGUUUAUUACCACGUUUGUCCAUGAGCUGGGCCAUAACCUCGGGAUGCGCCAUGACGAGUGGGGCUGUAAAUGCAGGCGGGAGAAAUGCAUUAUGUACAAAAGUGAUGUCGACACCAACGCGUUCAGCGACUGCAGUUACAAAGACUACUUUGACCUGCUUGGACGUGGCGCUUACUGCAUUCAUCAGCCACCACCACCCAGCAGGUUCUACACCACAAAGCCUAAAUACUGUGGGAAUAAGAUAGUAGAAAGCGGAGAGCAAUGCGACUGUGGUUCGGAGUCAAACUGCAGAAGUGAUCCUUGUUGUCACCCGAAUUGUACGUUUACUGCAGGUUCAGUCUGUGCUGCUGGAAAAUGUUGCAAGAGCUGUCAGGUCCUUCCAGCAGGAACGCUCUGCAGAGCAAGUACUGGUGACUGUGACCUGCCGGAGUAUUGCAACGGGACUUCCCCUUGGUGCCCACAAGACAUGUACAUCCAAGAUGGAACCCCUUGCAACGACAGUGCUUACUGCUACCAAGGAAAAUGUUCUUCCCACACUAAACAGUGCCAGCAACUCUUUGGCAAACAAGCCAGGGCUGGUUCUUUGGAUUGCUUCAAAACAGUGAAUAUUCGAGGUGACCGGUUUGGGAAUUGUGGUAUUUGUAACAAUAUCCAUUUUAAAAAAUGCAGCAUGGAGAAUAUCUUAUGUGGUAGGAUCCAGUGUGAAAACAUAGACAAGCUGCCCUUCUUGCAGAACCAUGUAACUCUAGUCCAAACCCCUGUUGGAGAUACACGGUGUUGGGGCUUUGACUAUCACGUAGGGAUGCCGACGGCUGACGUGGGAGCUGUGGAAGAUGGCACGCCCUGUGGCAGCGACAUGCUCUGUAUCAACAGGACCUGUACCAGUGUAUUGGUGCUGAACUACGACUGCAACGCCACAAAGUGUCACGGCAGAGGGGUGUGUAACAACCACAAGAACUGUCACUGCAACUAUGGCUGGGCUCCUCCAUACUGUGAGUGGGAAGGAUUUGGAGGUAGCAUUGACAGUGGACCCCCUCCAGCCAGGGAGAUUUUUCAGGGAACAAAAAUAAAA